UUAGUUUAAUCUGAAAAGGGGAGGGCAGGUGAAAAUGUCCAGGAUCUGUGAACAGACCACCUACUGUGAGGUGAAUUCUCCCGAAUGAACUACUCACGGUUUUUUGUGCUCCUGAGAUGCUGCUUGGCCUGCUGUGUUCAUCCAGCCUCACAUUUUAUUAUCUUGGAAUCUCCAGCAUCUGCAGUUCCCAUUAUCUCUGAUACUCACGGUUUGGCAGCUGGUUAAAUCACAGGUUAAAUUGGUUUUGCGAGGUGAAAAAGAAUAGCAGAUGCUAGACUGCCUCAGCAUCCUAACAGCAAGCCUACUCCUGCUUCUCUUACUAUUUCCAAUUCUGGCCAAGAACAACAGCACUGCUGCAAUCUUCUGGCACUGUGUCCUGAGAGAGAAAAUGGCACAGCACAUAACCGGAAAAAGCAAAGAGGAGAGAAUUUUAGAAUUUGUGUUGCAAAAUGCUGUGAAAGGUGAUGCGAAGAGUGUUGUGGACACAAUUGACAAAUACUGCAGGGAGAAGGAGUGGGCAAUGAAUUUAGGGGAUGAGAAAGGUGUAAUCUUGGACAAAGUCAUGAAAGAGGCAAACCCAUUAUCUGUGCUGGAGCUGGGGACGUAUUGUGGUUAUUCGGCUUUGCGCAUGAUCUGUGUGCUUAAACCUGGCGCUCGUUUCCGGACCAUCGAGUUCAAUCCAGCCAAUGCAAACAUUGCAAAACAGAUCUUCCGCUUCGCUGGAGUUGAGGACAAGGUGGAGAUCUUAGAAGGUUCAUCUGGGGAUAUUAUUCCACAAUUGAAGAAGCAGCAAGAAGUGGACACUUUAGAUUUUGUUUUUCUUGAUCACUGGAAGGACAGAUAUCAGCCUGAUACACAACUCCUGGAGGAAUGUGGUCUUUUGAGAAAAGGCACUGUUCUGCUGGCAGACAACGUAAUUACACCUGGAGCCCCAGAAUUUCUACAGUAUGUACGCAACAGUCCCCGCUAUGAGUGUACAUUCUAUGCCUCAAAUUUGGAAUAUACAAAGUUUAAAGAUGGAAUGGAAAAGGCUAUUUUUAAAGGUUAAACACAAAAUGCUGAGAAACGAAAUAAGAUAUCAGUGUUUACGUAAUAAGAAGUGAUCCAAAAAGCUCACAUCCCUCACUUUAUGUGGAAGUUUUGGGCCUAUUUAGCAGAACUCAUCCAUUGUAUAGCCUUGGUGCUUAUGCAAUAACCUGCCCAAUUCACAUGAAUCUGUUUUGUUCCCUCUUGAAAUUUAAAGUUUAUUCUUGUCCCCCUCCUUGCCAAGUGUUUUAAAAUUUGUGGCUAAAAAAUUGUCCAUAGCAUGCUUUCAUGUAUGUCCUUGUAGUUUCUUCUGCUUUUAAUUUGUAAGCAUGACUCCUUGUGCUCAAAUUGUGUCAAACCAGUGAUGUUGCUGUUUUGAGUCUGAUGCAAAUGGAGUCAGAAAUCUGAAUCAUUAAGUGGAGAUUCACAACAGAUCAGAUUUAGAGGUGGAGAGUUGGAACGAAAUAGGGCUGAUGGAAGUUACAGAGAAAGGGAAGUGUGCAGGCAUAGGCCAGCCAGUGCUCUUGGUAGGAACAGCAUGUCAGAGCAUCUGGCUUGGUUGUGAUUCUAUUUGUAAAUAGCAUGACACAUCCCUUUGACUCUUGUCAAGGGGGCAAGAUGAGUGGAACGGCUUUCCAAUAUGGGUCAGAGUUAUUUGGAAGAGAAAAAUUUGAAAGAUUUUAGGGAAAAAUAAAAAGCGUACUAUUAUCUGUUUGUCUCAAAAGGUUCUGUGGAGGCAAUGCCCUGACAUUAAAUAAGUCAUUUAUAGCUGUGUGCAAAUUGCUCUCUAAUAAUAAAAAAUGAUAAAACACUAACAAUCCAUAUAAAAAAUGUUCAGUUCAAGGCUGGAGAAAAGUAACUACAUCAGAAGAGCGAAUUUUGUGUAGUUCUUCGCUCAAAUCCUUCAAUUAAAUUAUAGUGCUCAUUUUAAAUUCCAAAACAAAGCUCAGAGGAAGAAAGAGGAAAGCGUCUUUGACACCAACAGUAUUUUGCUGGAAUAUAGUUUGUAAUGUUACCUAAUAACAUUAAGGGUUACAGCAAAUGGCUCUUUGAACUUGUUCCAUCAUUUGAUAUUACAACUGAUUUUUAAAAAUCCAAAAUAGCCUUUUCCUGCAUCAUCGUGCCAGCCUUUAAUACUGUUAGUGUGAAAGUCCAUUAAAUCUCAAGAAUUGAGGAUUCACAGCUCAAAUAGGAAGAGAAUUCUAUCGAGCAUAACUCUUUCUAAACAAUCCAGCCAACAAAAGUAACCUCUCAGUCUCUACUCUUAUAAGAAUGUGAUACUUUUAAAUAAGAUCACUUCUCAUUCUUCUAGAGAAUCUUAACAGUAAACCCUGGUUUCACACAUAAAAGACAAAUACAUUUUUUCUUAGGGAAGGACGAAAGCGGUACACUGCAGUCCAGUUGCUAAUGUGAAACAUCGUGCAGUGAGACUUCCUUACUCAUACUUCAAACCCUUGCAACAAAGACCUACAUACAAUUUGCCUCCCGAAUUGGUUCAAGGAGCAGCGCAUUGAGAGAUUUUCUUGGAAGAGGACACUCCAUGUUACCUAUCUUUCCCCUAAGUGUGUGCUUAACCCAUCAUAAACCUCAAAAAUGCUUUCAAAUACUUCAAGAAUUAAAUUUUAAAAUCCUUGCAUUUUUGAUUAGAUGAAUUUACCCAAGAAACAGUAUUAGAAUAAUUGGAGGAAUCACCUGCAAAUCACUGAUGACUAAUUAAUAUUUGAACUCUAAAGAUAAAUUUAUUCACUUCCAGUAAAAUAAUUACUUUGUUAAUGUGAUACCAAAUAAUUCCCUCUUUCUUUUAAAAUUUAAAUGUGCUUUAUUUUCAACAUCCAACACCAGCAAUGUUGGAGGAACACAGUCGCAUUUUACUACCACAGUUGAAGUCAGUUGCCUGAAAUUGCCAUUGGUGCCCUGUUUUGUCUGGCGUGGAAAAUGCAAUGACUACUUCAGUCUGUAUUUAGAACAUCAUAGAGCAAUCUGCCCUAAUUUGGCAAAAACAAUGUAAAAAAAAUUUAAACUGAACUCAUCUGCACUUGUAGCAACAGAAACCACCUUGUGGAGUAAAUCUGCAGAAGUUCAAUCUCUAAUGCCCCAAAUUACAUGGUGUGAUUUGUUAGAAAUUGCAUGUAUAAAAUCUUAACAGGUACCAGAAUGCACUGUUUUUGUUGGCAAAUAUGCCAUCUAAAUUUAUACUGCACUGUCAAAAAUAAGGUCAUCCCAAAUGUCUCCUAGAGUUCAGCUGGAGAGGUGCUAGAUGUUCAGCAAUUGGUCUUCGGGUUGCAGGAUUCAUGGCCAGUGUUCCUCCUCAGUGACAACAAAUGCAAGAGAGGGUGACCAACUCUGAUGUCCUGCAAGAUUGAUGGUCUUAUGAUGUGCAGAGUCUGCACACAAGGGAAGAAAACCAAAUGAAGGUGAAGCGCUUGGGGGUGGGAAGGAGGAAGGAGCUAUUGGUAAAUUACCCCAGCUUAAAUCAUUAUCCUUAAGAUAAAAGGAUGUCAUAACAUUAUGGAUUAUAUGAAAGAAAACUUGGUGAAAUAGCUGGAAUGUGAAAAAGAUCCAUUAAUCUUAGCAAAAUCAAAAGUCACUGUAACUGGAAGCCUAUUAAAGCCAGUCUUAGACAAGGUAUAAUGCUUUGCAUUUGAUUGAACUGACGACAAGAAGUCAGCUGGAGGAGUGUAGCAUAUCAUGGUGCCCUAAAUCAGUUUCAACAAGGAAAAGUGAAGUUUAAACAAAAGAUCAUUUGAAAACUUUCAUGACUACUGCAAAAAUCUGUCUGGCCACCACAAUAUUGUUACAUUGUUAUACUUAAAAGGUUAGGGAAAACUGGCAUUUAAACCAAAACGUACUGAAACAACCAAAAUGUGAACAGUGCAGAAAGUGUGCUUUUACAUUAAGCAUCAUCAAAUAAAGUAACAAAUACAGAUUUUCCUGUCUGAGAACCUAUGCUUUACAACUAAAAGAUAAAGAGGACUAUGGCAUAUGGUCUGUGGCAUCAUUGGCUCAGAAGUAGCAACAGGUUCACUUGCGAUAACCCCUCCAUUGUCAGAAGGAGGACAUAAGUGUAUUCUCUCAUACAGCUUCUGGUAGAUAGGUAAUAUUACCCAAUUACGAGUCAUCCAAAUCUAGAAAAGGACAAUGUUGGGAUAAAAAUGCUUUUACCACAAUAUUACUGACCAUAUAAUUUACGUGUCCUUUAUAGACAUUGUUGUUUUUCAACAUAUUAAGGUGUGAAGCUGGAGGCUACUGCUGGUCCUUAUACAGAUACUCAUCAUUUUGCGCAGCCAGUUUAAGCAAAUACAGUUGGUGGCAGGGUACCAAUAUGUUAGUAUUCCCAGAGAGAAUUUAUAUUAAGAACUUGCCAGUUUGGAUGGUAAAGAAUAAUUACUACAUGCACUGAAGACUACAUUAUGUUAAUAUUUUUGUUGAUGGAUAAACAGAAAAGAUCAGGAACGAGAAGUAAUUGAUGUGCUAAUUACGUGGAAAUAGCAAAAAUGACAACAGCUACAAUGAUCAUCUUGUUCUAUGUACUGUUCAAAUUCUGCUCUAAUUGUGUAGUGUAUGUAAAUCUUUCCAACUUAAAACUGUACACUUCUAAUAAAUGCAUGUUUAAUACUAAUUUACAGAGCUGCUUCUUUAUA